ACCAACGGCCAAACUGAACGCAAAAUACAGGAGAUUGGACGCUACCUGCGUGCCUACUGCCACCGCCACCAGGACCAAUGGAGCAGAUAUUUGCCCUGGGCCGAGUACGCCCAAAACUCCUUGCGGCAGGAAACGACCGGACUCACCCCAUUUCAAUGCAUGUUUGGAUUUCAGCCACCGCUCUUCCCCUGGACUGGAGAGCCCUCCGAAGUCCCCGCUGUGGAUUCAUGGUUUCGAGAGAGCGAAAGAGUAUGGGACAUGGCACACGUACAUCUCCAACGGGCAGUACGGAGGCACAAGGAACAGGCAGAUAUUCGCCGCGCCGCCACGCCCCGUUACCAACCCGGCGACCAAGUCUGGCUCUCAACGCGGGAUAUUCGCCUCCGUCUGCCCUGCAAAAAACUGAGCCCUCGCUAUGUCGGUCCCUUCCCUGUAAUCAGACAAAUCAACGAAGUCACCUACGAGCUCCGGCUCCCAAACACUUACCGCAUCUCACCUACCUUCCAUGUGUCCCUGCUAAAACCAUACACUAAUCCCAUUCUUCCUCCUUCCACAGAGCCCGAAGUACCUCCUCCUCCCGAGGCCGACCCCAGUGGGACCAUCUACCAAGUCGAGGAAAUCCUAGACUCUCGGCGACGGGGCGGCCGACUCCAAUACCUAGUGGACUGGGAGGGAUUCGGCCCCGAAGAAAGAUCUUGGGUUAACCGAGAGGAUGUACUGGACCCCUCACUUCUUUCUAACUUCCACCAGUCACACCCCGACCGCCCUGCCCCAAGAGGACGUGGUCGCCCUCGCCGUCGGCCUCGUGCGCCAGGAGACGCCCGUGGGGGGGGGGUACUGUCACGGAUCCACCCACAACUUCUUCCACACCAACCACCUGCACCCGCUCACAAUCACCAGAAUACUAAUUACCACCUGUCAUCACUUACCAGCCACUAUAUCAGUCACUCACCACAUUCCCUCGUUGGCUGAUCUCGAGGUCGCAAGCUACUUACCUUCUACUCACCUCAUGGU